UCUCGAAUCUCUCGACAUCACCAUGACGACGGCGGUGCGCGCGCUGCGCGCUACGGCAUCCACAAGACGUGUCUUAAGCGUCUCCCGAUCCCGAUGCUUCUCCUAUUCGGCCCCACACGCCGACUGGCCACACAACACACCCUCUCCCUCCCAGUUCGGGACGUACGCCGUCCUCUCGCCAGCGUCCGCCAUGCAGGUGUAUCCCGAUCCUCGGCCAGUGCCCGAGUCCAUACCCCGGCCGGCGUACGUCCCGUCAAACUACUUUACCGCGCCGAUCUGGGAGCAUCUACCAGGGGGAGAAGAAGUGGGGGCGGACGGCAUCAAGCUGGGAAGUGAUGAGGAGAAGGGGGUGCGUGCUGCUGGGAGGUUGGCAGGCGAAGUGCUGGCCGCUGUCGGCAAGGUCAUUGAGCCGGGCAUGACGACGGAUGACAUUGAUGCCGUCGUGCACGAGAUGGCUGUCAAGCACGGCGCGUAUCCCUCUCCACUAGGUUACUCGCACUUUCCGCGAAGCUGCACCACCAGCGUCAACAAUGUCAUCGCACAUGGCAUCCCAGAUAGCCGGCCCCUUUUAGCCACCGAUAUUGUCAACGUCGACAUCACGCUCUACUAUAACGGGUUUCACGGAGACACAUCCGCAACAUUCGUCCUCCCUGCAGCGGAUGCCCCGGGCCGGGAGCUAGUGCGCGUGACGCGGGAGUCACUUGAGCUUGCCAUCGACGUGUGCGGGCCUGGCAAGAGCUAUGCCAGCAUCGGGAGGGUCAUUGAGGAGCACGCGCGCAAGCAUGGGAUGAGCGUCAACACCCAGUUCGUAGGGCACGGUAUCGGGCGCAAGUUUCACGCUUAUCCACAUAUUCUGCAUCACAAGAAUCACGAACGGGCGCUCAUGAAGCCUGGCGACUGCUUCACGAUCGAGCCACCACUGGUACAGGGCUCGCGGCCGCGAGGCGGACUGUGGGAUGACGGAUGGACUGUGGCAACCGAUACCGGAGCGAGGUCCGCCCAGUUUGAGCAUCAAAUCCUCAUCACCGAGACAGGUGCCGAUGUGCUAACUCGGGUCACUUGAACACGACACACACCACGGGUCAAUUACCGACAACUUCAGAACGAUUGUUCACGCUGACGACGAUCAGCAGGCCCGAUACACAUUCCUAAGCUGCUGCAGUGCAAUUGAGGUCUGGU